AUGAUGUACACGGCCACGAUGCCUAUAGCGGUCGAGCGUAUUGCGCGCAAGUACUUGCGCCGCCCCGCAAUCAUCACAAUCGGUAGCGCCGGUGAAGCCGUUGACACGGUCGAGCAGCGCGUCGAGAUGAUCCCCGGCGAGGACAAGCGCAAGAAGCGUCUUGCAGAAAUCCUCAACUCAGGCGAAUUCCGGCCACCGAUCAUCGUGUUCGUCAACAUCAAGCGAAAUUGUGAUGCCAUCGCGCGCGAUAUCAAACACAUGGGCUUUUCAUCGGUCACAUUGCAUGGUUCCAAAACACAGGAACAGCGUGAAGCCGCCCUUGCCUCCGUGCGAAAUGGUUCCACAGAUGUACUGGUCGCUACUGACCUUGCUGGUCGUGGUAUCGAUGUUCCCGACGUCUCGCUCGUCGUCAACUUCAACAUGGCUACCUCUAUUGAGAGCUACACUCACCGUAUCGGUCGUACUGGUCGUGCCGGGAAGAGUGGUGUCGCUAUCACGUUCCUGGGUAGCGAGGAUUCGGAUGUCAUGUAUGAUCUGAAGCAGAUGCUCAUGAAGUCGCCUAUCUCGCGUGUGCCUGAGGAACUGCGCAAGCACGAAGCGGCGCAGUCCAAGUCCACACGUGGACAGGGAAAGAAGAUCGAAGACAGUUCUGGGUUUGGUGGCAAAGGUGGCUGGGCGUGA